AUGGAUGCCUCAACGAUUGUGGAUGAAUAUGUAGAAGCUUCAGAUCUCGAGGUAAGCCUUCCGUUUAGUUGCUUGAAGGUUGUUUACUUAGAGAUUUUGUGCGGUAAUGGUAAAUCCACGUUUCAUAUACUCAUGCAUUUUGAAAAAUAGUUAGAACAGUGUUGUAAUUUUCUAAAAUACUGAAGUUUUAUAUUCACUUUCUUUUUAGAACUUUGCCCGUGCUUAUUCCGAACAGUCCGGGCGAGGUCCAGUCAGUGCUAUCGUUGCCUUCAACUACGCCCAUGCUUUGAUCAGAUCCUCCAAGGAAAAUGUACGAACAGGGAUCUUUAUUUUGGAAGGUAAGUCUUUUUACUCUGAUGCAAUUUCUGUGUUUAGGACUUCUCAAGAAAGACAUCGAAGAUAUACCCAAGCGAGACUACGUUUAUUAUUUGGCUGUGGCUUACACCAGACUGAGGGUAAGCAGUGUAAAAUGAUGCAAUUCGUAACUCUAUGUUAUUCUUGAUUCAUCUGAAUAAUAUCUUCUCUCUUAGGAGUACGACAGAGCUUUGGAUUACAUCAAUGCCCUUUUAGCAGCUGAGAGUGACAACAGACAAGCGAUUGCCCUAAAAGAGUUGAUCAACCAGAGGAUGAAGAAGGGUAAGUUGAUUUCAUUCCAAAUUAUCAUCUAUAAUAUAUUAAUUCUGUAAUGAUAUUUUUUGUUCAGAUUCCCUCGUCGGCCUUGCGUUUAUUGGUUUGGGUGGUGUCGCCGCGGUUGGGGCCAGUCUAAUUGCCGCGGGAAUUCUCUCCCGUCGACAUUAA